AUGUUGCAACUCACAGCGGCCUGGAUUGCGGCCCGUCCGCUGCUGCGGGCGGCUGUGGCAGCAGCAGCCCAGACAGGAGCAGCCCAGGGAGCGCAGGAGGAGAGGAGGCGGCAGCCUGUCAAGAAGCGGCGCGCCUCGCUGCAGCACGCACCCGUGGAUGCUGGUGGCGGCAGCGGCGCACCGGCCGCCACACGGCGGCGCACGGGACAAGUGUUGGUGCGGGAUGGCAGCAGCCAAGACGGAAGCAGCGAGCCAGAGGCCACCAGCAUGAGCGAGGAUGACGGCGACAGCAGUAGCCUGGGAGGCGACGGUGCCAGUCCCGACAUAAGCCAGUCCCCCAAGCGGCAGCACCGCCGCUCAGUUCCCAGGUUCUACAUCAACUCCCACGUGGAUCAGUGCCUGGCAAAUGCCGGCGGCCAGCACUGCGGCCCAGCAGGCGGCACUUCUACCUGGCUGCCGCUGCCGGUACCGGCCAAGAUUGUCCCCAGUUUUGCCUCGGAGAAGAGUCUGCGCCAGAUGCUGAAGAAGUAUUCGCUGCCCACCGACGGCAAGAAGAAGGUGGAGCUGCUGGAGCGGUACAGCAACAUGAGGUUGGCUGUGCAGAUGGCCAACGACAAGCAGGAGCGCACCAGCUACGAGCGGCUGGCCAAGAGGGUCGUGCAGCAGGAGCGGCAAAGCACGGUGUUGAAGUUGCUACCGGGAGUCGGCAAGGUGAUAGCCGACACAUCGACACGUGCCGGCUUUGCGCAGCUAAUAGAAGUCACUCGUAAGCGGGAUGCUGGCAUGAAGGCUGCCAGCGCAGCAGCUGCGGCCGCCCGCCCCUCUCGCCGCGAGUAUGGUGCAGGAGCAGCGCCAGCAGUACCAGCAGGGCCAGCGGCGGCAGAGGCGGCAGAACAGCCGUCGCUGGACGGUGGCGAGGCCAUGUGGGACGAGGGGGACCCGCUAACACAGAUGGCUUCGACUGCUGCCGCUCGCUGCUCCGCCACGAGCGGCGUCGCCGCCGCCGCCAGCAGGCGUGGGGUCAGCCACCUGGCCUCACCCCGCACCAACCCCCUGCGCACAGCUGCCGCGCAGCGCAGUGCCGGGCACCGUGCGUCGCUGGCGGUGCAGGCCGUUGCUGCACCCCCUGCGCCCGCUGCCAAUGCCUCGCGCCCCAAGGCCCUGGCCGAGCAGGACAAGAGCCUGCAGAAGCCCACCGUCGUCAUCACCGGCGCCUCCUCCGGCCUGGGCCUGAACGCUGCCAACUCCCUGGCGCAGAGCGGUGACUGGCACGUCAUCAUGGCCUGCCGCGACUUUGCCAAGGCGGAGAAGGCGGCACAGAAGCUGGGCAUGCCCAAGGGCUCCUACACUGUCAUGCACCUGGACCUGGCCUCCCUGGAGAGCGUGCGGCAGUUUGUGCAGAACUUCAAGAACAGCGGCCGCCGCCUGGACGCCCUGGUGGCCAACGCCGCGGUGUACCUGCCCACCGCCAAGGAGCCCACCUUCACCGCCGACGGCUUUGAGCUGUCUGUGGGCACCAACCACCUGGGCCACUUCCUGCUGGUCAACCUGCUGCUGGACGACCUGAAGCAGGCGCCCGCCAACAACCCCGCCGGCAAGCCCCGCUGCAUCAUCGUCGGCUCCAUCACUGGCAACACCAACACGCUGGCAGGCAACGCCGACCUGGGCGACCUGCGCGGCCUGAGCACCGGCCUGGAUGGCCGCAACAGCUCCAUGAUCAAUGGCGGCGAGUUUGACGGCGCCAAGGCGUACAAGGACUCCAAGGUCUGCAACAUGCUCACCAUGCGCCAGCUGCACCAGCGGUACCACGAGUCCACCGGCAUCACGUUUGCAUCGCUCUACCCCGGCUGCAUCGCGGAGACCGGCCUCUUCCGCAACCACAUUGGCCUCUUCCGCACCCUGUUCCCGCCGUUUCAGAAGUUUAUCACCAAGGGCUACGUCAGCGAGGCUGAGGCUGGCCGGCGCCUGGCGCAGGCAAGCAACAUGGAGAAGGCCAAGAAGCUGUGGAGCAUGUCGUGCAAGCUGGUGAAUUUGGAGGACAAGGAGUGA